AGUCUUACCACUUAUCAGUGUAAACUGUAUUACUACUCCUACUCCAUAGUUGAGCUCAAACGCCAUGGCUGGUAUCAACACCAGCUGUUCGCUUAAAUCGGUGCCUAGCCGGACCGCAUCAGCAACCAAAACGGCACCGUUUUCAUUCAUUCUCUCUUCCUUCGACUCCAAACUCUUCGGUCUUCAAAUUCGUUACCCUAGCCUAAUUAAAUUCACCUCGCACAUUUCUCUCUCCUCCACUCUCGGAGCUCCAAUUACAUCCCGUUAUGGCGGUGGCGGUGGGUCUCGUUACUCGGGCCCAGAUAGGCGUUCGAAGCAGAGCGACUCCGACGACGACCAAGCUCUUGAUUUGUCCUCCAUCAGGUCAGGCUCCGUGAGGCUUAUCGAUGAGCAGCAGAAUAUGGUGGGAGUCGUUACUAAGGCUCAGGCUGUUCAAAUGGCUGACGAUGCUGGUCUUGAUCUUGUUAUAUUAUCACCGGAGGCAGAUCCACCCGUUGUCAAAAUAAUGGAUUACAAUAAAUAUAGAUACGAACAACAAAAGAAGAAAAGAGAACAGCAGAAGAAAAGUGCUGCUAGUCGCAUGGAUUUGAAAGAGCUAAAAAUGGGUUUUAAUAUUGAUCAACAUGACUAUUCCGUACGCUUGAGAUCUGCUCGGAAGUUUUUAAAAGAUGGUGACAAGGUCAAAGUUAUAGUCAACUUGAAAGGUCGUGAAAAUGAUUUCCGGAAUAUUGCUAUCGAUCUAAUCAAACGUUUCCAGAAUGAUGUUGGGGAGCUAGCAACAGAGGAAGCCAAAAACUUUAGAGACAGGAAUAUAUUCAUAAUCUUAGUACCCAACAAGACUCUUCAACAAAAAGCUCAAGAGCCACCAAAGAAAAAAGACAAUUCAAAUGAAGCAGUUGAUGAAGUAUCAGCCAGUGUUUGAUUUAAGGGAAAUAGUGAUUUAUUUUGUAUUAUUUAACAAGCUUGAGUAAAAUUGGAGGGUAAUGUAUAGCAUUAGUGUAACACCUGGUUGAGAUUAUAUUACUAAAUUUUGAUGGAAACUAUCUUCAGGAUUCAGAAUUCUAUAAUGGAUUUUAAGGCCCCUAUUGUAAAAAAUAAUUUUUUUAAUUUUUUUUUUGGAAGCAACAUAUGUGUAUGUGAUAAUAAGCUUACAGUUGAGAGAAGAUUUUCAAGUUAUCAAUUAAUUAUAAGUGCUUGAGAUUUAUUCAUA